CGCUCCGAAGCCAGUGUUUGUGUUUGUGUUGGCAGCGAAGGGGUUGCUCGCUGUUGUGCCGCCUGCAUUGUUGGCUCCAAAACCAGUCGAGGCGUUGCCUCCACCGAAGAGUGAGCCGCCACUAGUCGAUGCACCGAAGCCACCAGUCGCAGGCUUGUUGGCACCGAAUAGACUUCCACCGGUAUUGCUGCCGAAGCCGCCGGUGCUUGUAUUGGCAGUAUUACCAAAAGCACCGCCUGAGCCACCGAAUGUGCCGCUUGUGCUCGUGUUGCCGCCAAAGAGCCCGCCACCGCUGCUACUUGUGGCUGCGCCGAAGGCUGGCUUUGGCGCAAAGGGAUUGCUCUGGGUCUGGUUAUUGUUGUUGUUAUUGUUCGCCGCCGAAGCCGCCGAACGUCGAGCCGGUGUUGGUAUUGUUACUGUUGUUGUUACCGAAGAAAGACAUCUUCGCGGUGUCGAGGGGUAGAUCGGUAAGGGGAAGGUAAGUGUGCGCUGUUGCGCUUGCGCGAAGAUUGAAGCUUCUUAGACGUGAAUAACCAUAUGAGCUUCACUUGGGCGAGAUGUCCUGACUUUGACGCUGUUACACCGUCGCUGUUCGUUCUUGACAGCCUCCCGCAGUGUGGACGCGCUCUGGGUGCAAUGUUGGUAUGACCGAGGAUGUGGAUGCGGGUUCGAACAGCACAAUGCGC